AUGGUACAUGACAACGAGCAGAUGAAGAACAUAGAGAAAAUGCUGCGUCUUCGUCAAUGCUUAAAAGGCGAAGCUGCACGAGUAAUACAGCAUUUUCAAAUUUCGUCAAAAAAUUAUGAAGCUGCAUGGAGUCUACUUAAGAAAAAGUAUGACAAUCAGCCAAUUCUGUUUAUCGUACCCAAAUUAUCUACAACUGCGACGAAACUAACUAAUGCAGUACAAAAGAUUGAACACGAAAAACUUAUAAAAAUUCCACUACUCUCUCUAUCUUCUGUUGAGGAAAAAACAACAGAAAUAAUAGAAAAAGAUAGGAAGGAAAAUGAAGCUGAAGAAGAGUCACUUGAAGAACUUCGUAAGCCUUCAAAAACUGAGGAAUCUCACAAUCUCAUAUCUCUUCCGGCAGGCUCACAUUUUGGAGAAAUGUGGGACAGUGAAGUCCAGACGAAAUCGUUUGGAAAUAAGGACGAAACUGAAGUAAUUCAAUACAUUUUAGAAGACAAGCUGCGCGUAGCGGAAAUUACUUUUAAGGAGCAAGGCACAUUUAACGAUGUGAACAAUAAAAUGUCUCCUUUGGAAAUUGAGGAGAAUGCAAAAGAUGAAAUAAAAUAUCUUGCAGAAAGAGAUGUUGAAGUUGAUAACGGAUGUGUUUCAAACGAUGAUCCAGAGGGGGAAGAGGAAAAUGCAGGCGAAUCGAAUGAGAAAUCGAUAAAUGUAACUAUUGGUGAAGACGAACAAAAACUUUUGCAUGAUGAGGCACCGGAUAAAAAGGAAAAAUGUACCGAUGCAGAAGGUGAUACUACCGGCAAGAAUUCAGCGCAAAAGAGUACAAAAACGGUUGCAGCUUUGUAUGACACAAGAACAUCCAAGAGUGGAUCCAGCAGCAGUAAAUGCAGCAAGUAUGAUGACGAUAAAUCAAAGAGAAAAGAUAAAAAGUCCGGCGACAAAAAGGAUAAAGACAUUAGUGAACAAAAAUCAUCUUCAAACAAGUCUUCGCAGAAGGAUGACAAAGAAACGUCUUCAGUGAAUAUCUCUACAAAAUCGUCGUCCACAAGAAAGCAGACAACACCUUCACGUAAUCUUUGGAUAUCCGGGUUAUCUUCAUUAACGAGAGCCAGGGAUCUGAAAACUAUAUUUUCUAAAUAUGGAAAAGUUAUCGGAGCCAAGGUGGUCACCAACACCGGUACACGUUGUUAUGAUUACGUAACAAUGCCAUCAUCGUCGAAUGCCAGUCGUUGCAUUGAGAAUUUGCAUCAUACCGAACUCCAUGGACGGAUAAUAUCAGUAGAGCUCACUAAAAACGAAAUCAGCAACUCAACAAGUGUCGCCAAAACACGAGUGGAUAAAACAAAAAUAGAUCCAGUUGGAAAAGCGGAUGUAGUAACAACCAUUUGGGAGUUACUAAUACCAUGGCAGCUUGCGUUAAAACAAACGGACAAGCUAAAAACCAAACGACGACUACAAACUGCAAUCACUUUCCCAGCAGUCACUUUUGCCGCCCGGGAGAAUGUUCAAAAUUGA